AUGGAGAACCAAGGAGAAGUUCAAGAGGGGAUGAAAGUCGAUAUCCAACAGCUGAAGGAACAAAUAAGUCAAAUCCUAGAGGCCAUGAAUGCCUUACAAAGCCCCAAAGAUUCGUGCGCACAACAACCACAACAAAGAGUUCCAGAAGUACAAACUUUCCCUUCCUAUGGUCUUCCCCCGAAUUAUACUCCACCAUCAGGAGUGGACUUGGGGCAUCUUGAUACUCAAAAGGCCGAAGGUAAUGCAGUUGAAGUAGAAGGCGAGCUUGGGGCAACCACUUUCACAAUUCCUGGGAAGACAAUCCAACCAGGUAUUGAGAACAUGAUAAUGAAAAAACAACCUGAGACGAAGUCUUCAUCUUAUGUCGUUACACCAGCAGAUUUUAAGGACGAUAAGAGUAAAUUAGAAGUCUUUGAGAAGAGGUUAAGAGCCAUAGAAGGCAAAGGUGUCAGAAUCGGCUGCAGCGGAAUGUUCAGGUUGCCAGAAUUUGAGAAAUAUCGGGGAAAUACUUGCCCAUGGAGCCAUAUAACCAUGUACUGCAGAAAAAUGGCGGCUUAUGCCCACGAUGAAAAACUUUUGAUUCACAUCUUCCAAGAAAGUUUAAUUGGCGUAGCUCUGACUUGGUACAUGCGCUUAGAAACUACUCACAUCUAUUCAUGGAAAGAUCUGGUUGAUGCAUUCCUAAGGCAGUAUGAAUAUAAUAAAGAUCUAACACCUGACAGAAUACAACUGCAAAACAUGGUGAAGAAAGAGUCUGAAUCAUUUAGAGAAUAUGCCCAAAGGUGGAGAGAAAUUGCUGCUCAAGUAGAACCGCCUUUGAGCGACAAGGAGAUGACUACCAUAUUUUUGAAUACUCUACAACCACCAUUUUAUGAACACAUGAUAAGUAGUGUCUCCUCAAGUUUUGCUGACAUAGUAGUAAUUGGAGAGAGGGUCGAGGGUGGCAUAAGAAAUGGAAAAAUUGCACUAGGCCCACAACUAGUAGCGAGUUUAAAUGAGUAUGGUCCUAGACAUGAGAAAGAUAAAAAACGAAGAGCUAACUCACAUUUUAUUGCCUAUCCUCAAAUGUCACAUUCUCAUGGGUCCAAUCGACCCAUUGAGCGAAGAAAUUACAAUCGUGAUGAGAAGGUCGCCAGCUUCACUCUUAUCCCCAUGACCUAUACAGAGUUACUGCCAGAUCUUCUCCGCAGAAACCUCAUAAAGGUUUGUCCAACUAGACCUAUACGACCUCCGUACCCAAAGAGCUAUGACACAAACGCCAAGUGUGAUUAUCAUGAAGGAGUGUGUGGACACUCAAUAGAGGCAUGCAAGGCUUUAAAGCAUAAAGUGCAAUCUUUGAUCGAUUCAGGAUGUUUAAAGUUUGAAGAAAGUCAAUCCAGCACUUUGGCAAGGCGCGAGUUCGCCCCUACAAAUGCCAUGGACAAAUGA